AUGUCAAACUCUUUUCCGCAUCAAGUUGCAACGCACAGACUGAAGAGGGCUAAGGAGGUGCACGGGGAGUAUAGUGACGAUAUUUUACGUACUUCUCUACAGCUGUAUCGGAAGGUCUUGCGCGUGGAGCUUCGCGCCACCAGAAAGCCAGCUAAAGCCACUGCAGAAAUAUUUGAAAUAUCACACAAGGCAAAGUUGUUGUCUGCCCAAAUUCAAAGGAAAGUGGUCAAACAAGAAUUCCGGAUGAAAGCAUGCAAAGAGCUCCACUGCUUACUCAAAGGCCAAUACAAAUCUAUAGCCCUUACUCAUGACUUGAGCAGAGUUAUUCAAGUUUUACUCAAGCACAGUCCAGAAGACAUCAAAAAUGAAAUAACAGAAGAGUUGUUAGACAUCAUGGUGCAAAUGAUGCAGUCAAAGUAUGCGCAGCAUGCAGUGAAACGCAUCAUGAAAUAUGGAACAGAUUUCAUUCGUCAUGAAGUAAUAAAAAAACUGUUUGGACACAUUAUAUCUCUGGCAACACAUUCUAUAAGUGCUCCAGUAUUGGAUUAUGCUUAUGGUGAAUUUGCCACAAAGAAAGAAAAAAUAAAUAUGCAGCAAGAAUUUUAUGGAGAGUUAUAUAAAAACUCUAAAGAUGAUAAAGUGCAAACUCUUAGAGAUGCCUACAAAGACACACCAGAGAUGAAGGCUGCCAUUCUACAAGCCUGCAAGGCGAAUAUUCAAAAAGUUAUAGACAAGAACCUUCAUGAUAGCGAACUAUUUCAAACUGUGUUAUAUGAUUACAUUUGUGAAUGUACACCAGAAGAUAAAGUGGAAUUAAUAUCCACAUUAAGUCCCUUAAUUGUUCCCCUAAGUAAUUCCUUGCCUGGUGUCAAUGCAGCUAGCAUAUGUGUGUGGCAAGGAACUAACAAAGAUAAGAAGACCAUUUUGAAGGUGGUAAAAGAACAUGUGCUAUCUCUAAGCAAACAUAAGACUGCAUAUCGACUACUAAUAACAAUAUUUGAUGCUGUUGAUGACACUGUAUUGGUAAAGAAGGCUAUUGUAUCAACAUUAGCUGCUAAUUUGAAAGAUAUAGCAAAGGAUCAUUGGGGUAAAAUGGUGCUACACUGGUUAGUCAAGCCAAAGGACCCUGCAGCUUUCCAUCCUAGUUUCAUCAAGUUCUUAGAUGAGGGCGCAAAGAGUGGUACUUCGAAAAAAGAUGCAGACCUCCGUGUAUCAGAACUGCGUGAAGCUAUUCUUCCAGUUCUCAAAGAAGAUAUGGUAUCAGAUCCACAAUUUUGGCUGAGCAGUAAAGCUAAUUUACUACUCACUGUGGCAUUAUUGUCAAUAGACACAUCUAAAGAAAUAUUAGAAGCUUUGGCACAGGUGAUAAGUCAAUCAAAUUGGUUUAUUAAAGUAGAAGAUAAAGAUGUGCUAGCUAUAGAAGAUGCUGGUAUACAUAUGUGUCUCAAAAAACUUGCUUGUUUGGACAAAGACAAGUCUGAGGGAACACUUGGUGAAGUGAUGUGUGAACAUCUAAAUGAUGAUGCCAUAAAAGCAUGGCUGCCAACUAACAGAGGAUGUUUUUUCUUAUUAAAAUUAAUUGAAAACAAUGAAGAGAAGACAUCCAAUAAGCUGAUAAAAAAGAUCAAAAGCUAUUCUAAUCUUAUUAAGCAGCAGUCAACAGAAGGUGCAAAACUGUUGUUACAAAAGGUACAGAAUAAA